GGCUCCGCCUCCUCGCCCCUCGCAGCUAAGGAAAGCCCGACCCUGAGCCACGGGGAAACGGCUGGUGAGGAGGACACCCUGUGCCAGUCCCCGGAGGCGAAGAAGACCCUCACCCACCCUUGCUUCCCCCGAGUCCGCAGCGCUGCCCGGGCGGGGCGUUGCCUGGCUGGCUGGUUGCGGAGCAACGGCGGGCAGCGCGUGACGUGCGCAAUCGCGUUUGGGCCCGAGGCGCGCGCCCGCGUGCCCGUCUUGGUAGGCUCGCGCCCUGCGUCGCCUCGCCAGGUCGCUUGGUCCCGGUGCAGUGAGGACGCUCCGCAGACUCGGCGCCGAUCGGCUCCCUCUCCCGCGUCCCUGCGACCGCUGCGGCGAAGAUGGCCUCAGGAGUGCAAGUUGCUGAUGAAGUAUGUCGCAUUUUUUAUGACAUGAAAGUUCGGAAAUGCUCCACACCAGAAGAAAUCAAGAAAAGAAAGAAGGCUGUCAUUUUUUGCCUCAGUGCAGACAAAAAGUGCAUCAUUGUAGAAGAAGGCAAAGAGAUCUUGGUUGGAGAUGUUGGCGUAACCAUAACUGAUCCUUUCAAGCAUUUUGUGGGAAUGCUUCCUGAAAAGGAUUGUCGCUAUGCUUUAUAUGAUGCAAGCUUUGAAACCAAGGAAUCCAGAAAAGAGGAACUGAUGUUUUUUUUGUGGGCACCAGAACUUGCACCUCUGAAAAGUAAAAUGAUCUAUGCGAGCUCCAAGGAUGCAAUCAAAAAGAAAUUUCAAGGCAUAAAACAUGAAUGUCAAGCAAAUGGACCAGAAGACCUCAACCGGGCUUGUAUUGCUGAAAAGCUAGGUGGAUCCUUAAUUGUAGCUUUUGAAGGAUGCCCUGUGUAGAUCGCCAUUCAGUGCCACAAAUCAAAAGCUUCCAUGUUCAAAUAUUAUCCUUUUGCAAUAUAAGUAAAGCAAAUAUGUUUAGGCCAGGAUCUCAGUAAGGGGGAGCUUGUCAUCUAUUAGAGUAAACUAAGUAUUCUAUACACAUGUGCAGAUGGCCCUAAAUAAAUAUAAAACCUAAAGUUUCAUCGGUGUGAAAUUAAAUUCUUAUUGGCCAAAUGCCUAUUUUGAUGAGUUGAUUAUAAAGAUUUUUGUUACACACGUGAUUUUUAAUAAUGCAAUUUCACAAAACAGUUCAAGGCUGUAUGAGGAGAAUUAUUGCAACUUUGUUAACCUCAGCAGUUACCUACUUUUUGCUUAAAUAAUGAGACACAAUCUGUUAUAAUUUUGGCCCCAAAUUUUUUAUUCUCUCUCAAGCUAAACUGAAUAAUGGAAAUAUUCUCAUAACAUGUAACAGCACAAAUACACUACCAUAGUAAAAUUGCCAGAUUGUCUUGAAAUCCUAACAAGUGUGUAGUAGAGACUCGCCUCAGCCAUGUAUGCUUUAUAACCAGCGCUGAUCCUGCAAAGCACUAUUUUAAGCACGUAGUAGGCGUAAAUGAAACAGCGCCACACUCUCUCCACUCACUGGUUGGAAGACUGUUCUGAGUGACCUUGCAUCUUGGAAAUCAUGAUGUGUCCUCAGGAGAAUGUACAGUAUCGUGUAACAACUAAUUACAAUGCAAAUUAGAGGCCCAUGGUAAUACACUUCAUUAAUGAAAAUAAGAUGGCAAAUUACCAAGCUAGGGCACCUGUGAUAUCCUUGCGUCUCCUCCAGAACUUUGUUGCUUGUGGUACAAUAAGGUGUGGAAGAAUGUUACAUAUGUUUACUCUGGGGACUGGGAGAACUUAAUUUCCUAGAGCAGUUUGUUAACUGUAUGUGAAAUGGGGGUUAGGUAUGAUGGGUGACACCCACAAGAAGCCACUACCUGAUGGCACUUGGAAGUGACUGUCUUCAACAUCACAGGCAGAACACUUAGAAAAAUACAGAGAUGCACACACAGUUGAACUUAGAAGUAGCAGUACUGGCUUUAUGUAAUAAAGGAAGCAUUUUUAACUUA